CUUUAUCAUGGGUAGGGCUAUUUUUCGCCGAACUAUUAGCGAUAGUUAUACGGGCGGCUGUUCGUCGAGUGCUGAUCCGCCAGCUGGUCCUGCUGCUCCGUCUACCAACGAUCCGCCCACGAACGACACCACUACAAAUACUGCUCCCAGUUGCUGGGCUUUCUGCACAGGUGUCAUCACCUAUAUCAAGACCAUCCCUUUAAGAUUCAAAAUCAAUUAUUGGGGCUUGAACCAGGCAGUCUAUGAUGAACUGAGGGGGCACUACGUGGCUUAUCGGCUACAAAGGGAAUGCUUCCGAUCUGCAUACCUUCGCUCGCGCGAGCUUGUGUUCGAAAGGCUCCGUCCUCUUACCCGUGCCGAGGAGGAGGGUUUAAGGCAGUUAGCCGAAGAACGGGAUCCCGAAAUGGGCGUGGAUUAUUGGGGUAUCCGAGAAUAUGAAGAACAGAUCCGUCAAGGCCUGAUCGAGAGAGCACCUGAAGAACUAGUGCCCAGUGAUGAUGAAUGAGUCGUUACUGAAAAUCCUCCGGCUUUUGAGUCUCCCUGACGAUAUUAACUCUCGUGCGAUGACUCUGGCUUCAAUGUCGAUCAAGAGUUCCGGAUCAAGGCCCAGUAGGAACGCGUGUGGUGGUGGGCAAUUAUCCGGUUUAGAAUAGCCGUUACGUAUUGCGUGUAUAAUUGCCUAGUAGUAGUUAGUUAGCUUUUCGGAGCCAGUUUACGCUGGUUCAUUCCCUGAUGUAGUAGCUAGGGCCAGUUUCUGUCACCUCUACACUAAUGUACAGAUAGCUGCAAUCAUGAUUGAUGCUUACACGA